CUGCCUGAAAGUCAAAGAGAUGGAUGAUGAAGAGUACAGCUGCAUUGCUCUGGGUGAACCCCUCUACCGGGUCAGCACUGGGAACUAUGAAUACCGCCUGAUCCUACGUUGCCGGCAGGAAGCUCGCACGCGCUUUGCCAAGAUGAGGAAGGAUGUGCUAGAGAAAAUAGAGCUCCUGGACCAGAAACACGUGCAAGACAUCGUGUUCCAGCUCCAGCGUUUUGUCUCCACGAUGUCCAAGUACUACGACGACUGCUAUGCUGUGCUGCGAGACGCAGAUGUCUUUCCCAUUGAGGUGGACCUUGCCCGCACUACUCUCAACUAUGGGCAGAAGGACACGUACACAGAUGGGGCAGAAGAUGAAGAAGGAGGAAGCGAGAGAGAGGGUAGCGGGAAGGAGGACGCAAAUGGUGAAAAGCUCAUUGAUGAUGCCUGAGUGUGCCGGCAUGGCCAGAAGAAAGACUGCAGACUGUUAAAAAAACAUGUAUUUCACAUGGCG